AUGGCCGCCGCCAACAGAGACCCCAACACCCUCUCCAACUACGGUGCGUGGCUCACCAAGCACACCACCGCCAACCUCACCAUCGACUUCAAGGACAAGUGUCUGAAGGGCUCCGUCACCCUCGAGCUCGAGUCGCUGACCGACAAGGAGAGCAAGGAGAUCGUCCUCGACUCCAGCUUCCUCUCCAUCAAGGGCGUCAAGGUCAACGCCACCACCUCCACCUAUGAGCUCAAGGACCGCGUCGAGCCCUACGGCGCUCCCCUGCACGUCUUCGUGCCCCAGGGCGCGGCAAAGGGCGAGAUCGUCAAGGUCGACGUCGACCUGUCGACCACCGACAAGUGCACCGCGCUGCAGUGGCUCACGCCCGCCCAGACGAGCAACAAGAAGCACCCGUACAUGUUCUCGCAGUGCCAGGCCAUCCACGCGCGCUCGCUGUUCCCGUGCCAGGACACCCCCGACGUCAAGUCGACGUACACCUUUGUCCUGACCUCGCCGCUGCCGGUCGUUGCGUCCGGCGUGGCUGUCGAGGGCGAGCCGGAGAAGAAGGGCGACGAGACGGUGUACCGCUUCGAGCAGAAGGUGCCGAUCCCGUCGUACCUGUUUGCGCUGGCGUCUGGAGACAUCGCGACGGCGGACAUUGGGCCGCGCAGUAUUGUUGCAACGGGACCCGAUGAGCUGAAGGAGUCACAGUGGGAGCUCCAGGGCGACAUGGAGAAGUUCAUGGAGGUCGCGGAGAAGCUUGUCUUCCCUUACAGAUGGGGUCAGUACAACGUGCUGGUCCUGCCGCCCAGCUUCCCCUACGGCGGCAUGGAGAACCCCAUCUACACGUUCGCGACGCCGACCAUCAUCAGCGGUGACAAGCAAAAUGUGGACGUUAUUGCUCACGAGCUGAGCCAUUCGUGGAGUGGAAACUUGGUUACCAGCUGCAGCUGGGAGCACUUAAUCGGCAUGGCUGUUCACGGUGAUGCUGAGCGUGACUUCUCUGCCAUCAUCGGCUGGAAGGCUCUGGAGGACGCCGUCGCCCUCUUCGGCAACGACUCCGAGUUCACCAAGCUCAUCAUCAACCACAAGGGCAUCGACCCCGAUGACGCCUUCAGCACCGUCCCCUACGAGAAGGGCUUCCACUUCCUCUACUACCUCGAGCGCCUCGUUGGCCGCGACGCCUUUGACAAGUUCAUCCCCCACUACUUUACCAAGUGGUCUCGCAAGUCUCUCGACUCUUUCGAGUUCAAGGACACCUUCCUCACCUUUUUCAAUGGCCUCGGCGAUGCCGAGAUCAAGGACAAGGUGGCCUCCAUUGACUGGGAUAAGUGGUUCUACCAGCCUGGUCUGCCCCCUAAGCCCGAGUUUGACACCUCGCUGGCGGAUGUGUGCUACAAGCUUGCGGAGAACUGGAAGGACGAGAAGUUCACUCCCUCUGCCGAGGACGUAGCCUCCUUCUCCGGAAACCAGAAGCUCGUCCUCCUCGAGACCAUCGAGAAGUUCCCGAGCCCCCUGUCCGCCGAACGCGCCCGCCUUCUCGGCAAGACCUACGACCUCGUUUCGUCGCGCAACGCCGAGCUCAAGACUGCCUACUACAAGAUCGCCCUGGCGGCCCAGGACUCAUCCUCGUACGCCGGAGCCGCUGAGCUUCUUGGUCACGUCGGCCGAAUGAAGUUCGUCAGGCCUCUGUUCCGUUCGCUGAACAAGGUUGACCGCGACCUUGCGCUCAAGACCUUUGAGAAGAACCGUGACUUCUACCACCCCAUCUGCCGUGGCAUGGUCGAGAAGGACCUUGGACUCGUGUAA